UCACUAGUCCAUAUCUGAACUGACUUCUCUUUUUGAUGAUCGAUGUGCGCAAAAAUUUUUUUUAAAAUAAACGCCAAAAAUAAAUACCGUAAUUUUCUUGGACAAUCAACCUUGGUAAAAUUAAUCAAUUUUUCAACCUCUUGCCUGAGGGGGAGAAAUUAAUCGAGAAGCAUUUGGCUUCCUAAGCUUGACACCCUUAGGGUACCUCUGUAUAUUUUUCCCUAAAUUUUUAAAUAAUUUUUAGUUUGCUACAGUAGUCAUUUCUACAGUAUUUUCCCCUUACUUUUUCUUAAAAAAUUAAAUAUUUAAAUGGGCACAUUGGGAGGCACUUCCGCUGCUUCAGGUGGUGGUGGUAGUCCUCCUACUCCUUUGUGUCGCUGUAGGGUUUUAUAUAUUGGAUGUGCUGUCCCCACUGUUACGAAAGAGGGACUUCAAGGCAUUCAACAACCUUUGCGAGAACGAUACCCAGCCAGUGAGAGUCCAGAAGCUAGAGGAAUCGAUUCUUGGCUUUCCGUUUGGUAUAAUGGACUCUUAUUAGAAUAUGUGGAUGGAGAGAAGAGAACAGACAGUGCAUUCUUUGCAAUAAAUUCGUUACAUUAUUGUGCUGCUGUUCGUUAUGUUAAUAUGGGGGGAUUUGCUGUAGAAGGUGGUGGUGAAAGAUUUAUCCCGUUGGACUCGCCAUUUGCGCUAACUGAUUCUCCACAUCCCCCAAUAUUUGCUGCUAUCUUUCGACGCACUACGGGGGUCAAGGUUUUGGAAUGCCAUGGAUUUGUUUGCACAAACGAAAAGGCGGCAAAUGCCCUCGUUCGUUGUUGUUUUCAUGCUUACGCAGAUACAAUGUAUUUAAAAUUGGAUGAAAAAAUGCCCUCACCGGGAGGAUUAAAAAGUAUAAGAGAACCACCACCUCAACAACAAAUACAAAGCAGAAGUGGCACUCCUAGCAGUGAACCAAACUUUAGCGAACAAGAAAAUGGUAGCGGAAUACCGCCACCACCGGGGCCGUCAGUAAUAGUUGAGGGAACACAAGAAUGGAAUGAUAGGGCGAUAAGUCAAAAAACUUGGAAGCGAAGACAACAAUCUGGGGAAUAUGAUGGAAGCAGUUUAAAUUCAAGUUUAAUUAAAAAGGGAGGUGUAGGUGGAGGUGUUUAUAGUAGAGAAAGACAACAACAACAUGAAGGGGGUAUUUUAGUACCUUACAGAGAAAAUGGGAACGGUGUUGCUAAUAACAACUUUAAUAAUGCUAGACGAACAACAAGUCAUACAGAAUUACGCCCGCCUGUUGGACAACUAUCAUCAGCAGACCACUUUGAACAAUUUGGACAUCGCCCUCCUAUGCCAAAUCCUUUCAUGUUUGGAGGGCCAAUGUCUUCCCCACCACCACCUCCUCCUCAUCCAGGCCUUGUAUUUAUACCGCCAGGAUUAGCACCACAACCGCCUGGACAUUUCUUUCGCCAACCACCACCAAUGCAUCACCACUCUCCUCCACAUUUCUUCCCUCCUAGGCCACCAUUUCCGCCGUUUCCUCCACCACCACAUUUUGGACGUAUUGCCGCUCCACCACCGUUUAUGAUGCGCCCCUUCUUUAUGGUCAUGCCACCCCAUUUUAUGGGAGGAGGAGGACAUCAUCAUCCACGUCCCAAAUCCCCUGAAAGAUUGGGUGGUGGCCCUAUAAUCACUGAGACAGCUUAUGAUACAUUUCCUCGCAAUAAUCGAACAACUUAUGAAGAACCUAUAUAUAUGCCAUCUACGGAUAAUACAGUUCCCCCUCAAGCUAGUUAUAAACCAGGAUCAUUUUCACCCGAACUUUAUGAACAUUAUUAUGAAACAUAUAGACAGCAAAGAACAACAGAGAGAAAGAAUGUUAUGAGCCGUACUGAUUCCGAUGCGAGUGCUGAUUAUUGGGAAAGCGGUGUUGAGGCAAAUACAUUUAGAAAAACACGCAAUAAUGCAGGUAAUAUAACACCAAAAGCAGAAAGAGGACAAAGUCCCGCUGGCGGGAAUAAAAAGAACGGUGAUGGGGAUAAUGGAACGUUAACUAAAACAAGAAUAACACAACAACAACAACAACAACCAGGACCGAGCACUAGCAGAACAGAAUUAAUAGUAAAUGGAAAGGCUAGACCAGACACACCGCCAGCCGAUUAUGAAGUUGGGGGAGGACAUAGGGCAACAACUGCCCAUUGA